CAAGUUUUCAAAUGAAAACAACAACUGAAUUGAAAUAAUCAUAAAUUGUAUGCAUUUUCAAUGGAUUAAGAAAUGGUUCACAAGAAUAUACUCAUCACUGGAUCUAAUCGUGGCAUUGGUUUCCAAUUAUGUAAACAAUUAUCUCAAUUGAACACAACCGGAAACAUAAUCGCCACCACAAGAAGUGGAUCCAACUCUUGUGAUUUGAACCGAUUAUCAGCGGUUAAUAAGAAGAUAAAAGUCUUAGCCUUUGAUACCACAGACUAUACACGUUAUGACCGCUUUCUGGACGACUGUCACCGCAUUGUCGGCAAUCGUGGUCUCAACCUAUUGGUCAACAACGCCGGUGUUAUGGCCAGGGAUUCACUGAUGUCUGUCACACCCGAUAGUCUUAACGAUAAUUUUAAUGUCAACUCAAUCGCGCCAUUAAUGGUAACACAAAAACUAUUACCACUUCUUAAGAUGAGUGCUAACUAUGGAGAUCCGACUGCUGUGGUCAACAUAUCAUCCACUUUGGGAUCAACUGUUGGUAGAGUAGAGGCGGGCAAACAGUACUAUCCCUAUAGGAUUAGCAAAGCGUCCCUAAAUAUGAUAACAAAACUAUUGGCCUAUGAUUUGAGUGAAGACCACAUCCGUGUGAUUGCUGUACACCCGGGUUGGGUCAAGACUGACAUGGGCUCCAAACAGGCACUACUGGAGCCUGAGUUUGCCGUCAAGUCUCUGCUCAAAGUCAUACUAAACAUCGACAGCUCACUGAGUGGUAAACUAAUCAAUUAUGAUGGAAAAGUUCUUCAGCUCUGAAUUAUAUCCAUUAUAAUUGAAUGCAUGCAUAGGA